AUGCUGGAAGCAGCUCUGCAGCCGGCGCCAGCAAGCCCAGGGCCCUACGACGCUUUGCAGCGUACAUGGGCGACGCAGCAGCGCUGCCGCCCCACCCCGCAGCUGCCCUGGCCACAGCUCCGCAAGGAUCUGUCGACGCUCGCGUUGUCUUUGCUUCACUUCGGCCGUGUGGACGCCGGCCUGCAUCGCCGGCUCCACGAUGCGGGAGAACGUGCUGCCAGGGUUGGAUCCACCGUCGCGGAGGAGAGUGCAAGAUAUGCAUCCAUUCGUGAAUGCAACCUCGGCCUGACAUGCCUCUUGAUCGUCGACGUUUUCUUGCUGGCAGAUGCCGCACCAGACAUAUGGCAGCAGUAUGCCACAGAACGCGCCUGCGCUGCCUUCCGCUUCCCCUGGCGAGAGAUGGUGCUGGGCACCGGCUGGAAGCUUUUUGCCCUCCUCGCCGGGGUUCAGCUGAGUGGAAGGUCAAGGGUGGGAUCCUCUGUCCCCAUGCCCGCGGAUGUGGCCGAGCUGAUCGCUCCAGAUGACUCGGGCGACUCCGUUGCAAAGCGUGCCGACGAGGCCCUCAGGUGGGCCGUCACGCGGCUGGCAGCUGCGACGGCAGGUAGCGCCUCCGGGGAGGUGGAGCCUCUCCUCAACACGGCUCGAAAGGUCCAGCAGAAGCUGCUGAAAGACUUUGGCGACGACGCCACGCCCCUCUGCUCUCGCAGCGUGAUUGGUCCAUGGCCGCUUUGGCGUGCUCUAUACGAAGCAGAGGAGGCUGUGCUCCAGCGGCUUCUUCAUCGCUUCGGCAGCCCGCAGCUCUCUGCAGCCUCUGCAGGAGCUGUGCUCGGUGCCCUGGAUGCACCGCCGACGGCACGCUUCGUCGUGGGCCGGCUGCGUGAGGACUACUGUGAGCCGCAGGGAAGGCUGGAGCGGUUUCUGCAAUCGCUGAAAGCCGCGGGCUACACCCCCAGGUCACUUACCGUGGACGUUGGUGCUUACUGCCCGCAGCGAUCAGCUGAGGCGGAAGUCGCCGAGUGUUUUACGGCCGCGUUCCUCCGCACCUUUGGAUGCGAGCUGGAAGGCGUUUUGGCAUUGGAGGCGAGCCCCUUAAACGUCGCAGAGACCGUCUGGGUGUUGGAGAAGGCUUUGCCAGCGAGUUGCGUGGCAACCGUGGAGCUUCGACAGCACGCCCUAGGGGCGCAGAAGGACUUUGCCAAAUUCUCAGGCGCCGGCGGUGCCGUCUCUGCGGAGCUCCCUGGGGAGCCCAGGCCAGCUCCAUCACACGAAGAGUACAUGCUGCGGGAUCCGCAUACUGGAACGCUCCAGGAGCCCGAUCAACCGCAGCGGUUCACGGAAGAGCUGGUUACCCUCGACACCCUCCUCGACGGUCGUGGAGCCAUUGACAUUCUGAAGGUGGACGUGGACGGGCAAGAGCCUUGCGUCGUGCGCGGCGCAGAUGCAACCCUGCGUGCCGGGCGGGUGGCAAUGGUGAUCUUCGAGGUCUCCGAUCUUUGGCGUCGUGGGCCAUGUGCCACACAAGGCUUUCCAGAGGUGGUUGCCCACUUCGACCGGCUGCAGUACGAUGUGUUCAUUCUGGGCCGGCCAGGCCCAGUGCCUGUUGGAGGAAUGUGGUGGCAUCCUGCGCUGGAUUUCUUCGGCGAGCUCUCUGAGGUCUACGGCGAGUGCUGGCUGGACCUUCUCAGAUUUGGGGAAGCCAAGAAAGGGAACCUCGAUACCCGUGAGAGGAUGCUGUGGCAGCGAAGCGUGGCACUGGGGCGGCCCGCGGAGGCUGCAGAGCCCGGCCAGAUCCAAGGCGAAGGUGAUGUCUACGAGGAACGCCUCCGAGCAGAAGUCGUGUCUGCGGCUGUGAGCAUUUCACGCGACAGCGAGGCUACAGAGCUCAUCUCCAUCCUCCGGCAAAAGCCAGGCGCUUCAACACAGGGCGCAGGACAGAGGCAUGGCCUGGAAAUGAUGCUGCUGGUGGCCCGCAGCGAUAGCCGGCCCCUGCCACAAGUGGAGGAGGCCCCAGCCCUGCCUCCGGAACCUCGGCCCAGUUCUCGGCUAGAGGAGUGGACGCGGAUAUCUGUGCUGCGACCCUCAGGCAGCUCAACUGCUGGUGCAGGUGGGCCAAGUUCCCGCUCACACUCGACUAUGACUGGCAUACAGGAGGAACCGUCUCGCACUCCACAACCUGCACCUCUGGUGCACAGCGAAAGCGGUUGGGGAACGUCCGUGGCUCGCUCUGGCGCUGUUGAGCUUGAAAUGUCCUUGCCGGGAGAUGUGCAGCUGCAGGCCUCGGCCGAGACGUUGCGACGGCUUAGGGAACAGGCCGCACUCUUCUUGGCAGACUUGCCUCCCCUGCGUGCCAAAGCAGCCGGGCGUAUGGAGGAGAUGGCAGAAAAGUCGGAGCCGGACUCCUCGACUCUGUUUGGCAUGACGGCCGCCAUCAGCCGCGUCAGCUGUAAGAUCCUGGAUGGUGGACUUGACGAGGACGAGGAAGCGUCAGAUCUGACGAGCCCCAGAGUGAGCUCUUUGCAGCUGGCCUUAAGACGUUGCCGUGUUCGCCUUGUUUCUGGUGCCGGGCACCCCGAGAGCUGCCUCCUUGCAAAGGACAUUCGCCUUGAGACGAUGGUGGGUGAGGCAACCCCAACUAAUGCUGAAGUCCAACUGCAAGAAGAGGUUUGCCACACGCUGCUGCGGCCCUGGUAUCGGUCACAGCUGGUGGAAAGCGGCGGAAGAGGUGCGGUUCCAUCGGCCGCGGGCGGAAGCGACGUGACACUGUCUGCAUACCUUUGGCAGCUCCGCUUCGCGUCCCUACGACGGCGCGACCCGCCGACGGGCCCGUGGUCUCUGAGCUUGCGGACUUCGCUGCAGUCCUUGUCCGUGCACCUCAGCAGGCUGGUGUUUGCAGCGCAGCGCCCCUUGCUGCAAAGCAAUAUCGCCUGGUUGCAGCGCUUCCUGAAAUCUCUGGCCAUGAAGGGAGACUUGGCCCGUCCUGUGGCCCACUCCACUUCGAACGCGCCGGGACAACAGCUGGACUUUCGGAUCACUUCCUCCGACUGCCUGUUGGAUGUCCCGAGCGAGUCUUUGGGUGCGGCAUGGCCCGUAACCAGCCCGCAAGGGCUUGCUGUGCCGAUGCCACCACCAAAGGAUCGAGGCACUGACAGCGACAAGUGGCGAUUGGUCCUCCAUGUCAGCCAUGCUGGUGCUGUUCUUCGGGGCUCUCAGGCGCAGGCGCCCUGGCUCCAGCUGAACCUGUCUUCGAUGGCUGCUUACCUCUGCGACCAUCCGGCGAAUCUCGCGCAGCUGGAGCUCCUUUCGGAAGAGGAGGAUCCCAGCGACUUCCUCCCUGGGGUGGGCUUUGCUCCCUUCUUGGAGAUGUCCUCUGCCAGUGCCAGCUUCCUUCGGUUGGAUCAGGGAGAAGAAGAUUACGAAGAGGAAGAGGUUCCAGGGAACGAAGAGGAAGAUGAGCUCAAAGACCAAAGUUAUGACACCUUCACUUUUGAGUGCUGA